GCAGAGCAUAUCGUCUGCUACAGCUGUCUGCGCCUCACGUCACACGCGCGUGUAGUUGCCCUGCGGUGUAGCUUUCCUGCACCUCUAUUAGUGCUCAUCCGUUGUAAACAAUGUCUGAUCUGCCCAAACUUCCAGUAGAAUACUUGGAAGUAAACUAUGAUGUCAGUGAACCACCGCAUUCACCUACUGCAUCGAUAAGUCAGAUCAAGGCACCUAUGCCAUUCGCAAUAUCUGAGAUAUUCUGGGCAGAUGUUGUUUCAGCUAAUUCCUUAUCGCAUGGGGAUGAUGUUAAAAAUAUCUAUGACUUGGUAUUAGACAUGAAGGGCUUUCCUCACAAGCUUGUGCCAGGAGACACAAUAGGUAUUUGCCCAAGGAAUAAUAAAGAUGAAGUAGAAAAAUUAUUAGAGAGACUUGGGGUUAAAGAACAUAUGGACAUUCCAUGUCACAUAGGUGUAAAGCCUGAUUCUGGAAAAAAAAAAGCAUCUGUGCCAAAUCACAUUCUAUCUUUUUCCACACUGAGAGAAAUUUUUGAAUCAUGUCUCGAUCUUCAUGCUGUACCAAAAAAGCUCUUUAUUCGGGCCUUAUUGGAAUAUACUUCAGAUCCUAAAGAUCAUGAGAGUUUGAGUAACCUUUGCGGUCGUAAAAGUGAAAAGUACACUGAAUGGAUAGCAUCAGGACGCAGUUAUCUUGAGGCCCUUCUCAUGGACCAUCCAUCUUGCCUUCCUUCUAUUAACGUUGUUCUGGAACAUCUGCCACGCUUGCUGCCACGGCCAUAUUCUAUUGCAUUUCUCUCAGGAGAAGCAGACACGCAAAUUCAUAUAGCCUUUUCAGUUAUUAAAUUUUAUGUAGAGGGGGAGAAAAGGACUGGUGUCUGCUCAGGUUGGCUUGAGCAACUCACUAGUAAACUACGAACAGCUAGUGAUAGUGCAGCAUCCUUGUGUAGUGGAGUAGAAGCUCUCAGUAUAUCGUCUGAAAAGCCUCAAAUAAAGAUACCUGUUUUUCUGCGAGUAAGUAGUGGAUUCCACGCACCAGCUGAUCUCAGUCGCCCCCUCAUUAUGAUUGGCCCUGGUGUAGGAGUCGCCCCAUUUAUUGGGUUUUUGCAAGAGAGAGAAAAGCAGUUUAAGGAUGCAAAUUUAGUGACUGUGAAUCAAAGCUGGUUGUUUUAUGGCUGCCGUUACCCUCAAAGAGACAUGGUUUACAGCAAUGAAGUCAAAAGACAUCUCGCAAACGGAACAUUAGACAAAUAUAUUUUGGCUCAUUCAAGGGAUCGGUCUUUCUCAAAAUAUGUGCAGGACAAUAUAAGACUUCAUAGCACAGACAUCUGUCAAAUGUUACUUGAAGAGGGUGCAUAUCUUUAUGUAUGUGGUGAUGCUCUUAGUAUGGCCCGAGAUGUGCUUGCUGUAAUAGUUGAUUCAAUUGCAAAAUAUAAAGAUAUCAACAAGACAAAUGCUCAGCAAAUUGUUAUGCAACUCCAGGCUGAGGGGCGAUAUAAAGAAGAUGUGUGGACAAUCCAGGAUGAUGUGUUUCGCAUGUACAGUAAAGCUAUGGCAGAAGACAAGAAGCGACAAGUAAUGAUGAAUGCUAUUGUUCCUCCUGAACGCAGGCUUGUGGUUUGUGAUAUGGUCUGACAUCAGCUCUCAAAGGUCUACUUAAUGAUUCGAGGCAUACCUCGAGAGUAGACCUCUGUUUGCUAAACCAACCGUGGAUCAGAGCUUCUUGUAUGUCUUAAAGAUCAUUUGAAUAACCAUCAGUCGUACCUUGUAUUUUGACCAGAUUAUUCUUGAUAUGAAAUCUGGAUAAUCCUGUUUGUGACCCUCAAUAGUUUGUACUUGUUGACAUCCAUCUCUCAUGAGAUUUGACCUUUGAACCAUAUGGAUCUGUGUUUUUGCACCUCUCUAUACUUAUUUUAUUUAUCAUUAAUAGACAACUUAGGAGUAAGUACCUAUACAACCAAAUGACUAAUGGACCUUAAGUGUUGGUGUAAGUACCUGUGUUAUGAAAUGAAUUUGCCAAUGUUUGUAUGUAAUUUUGUUUCUUAAUUUAUUGUUUUCAUAUUCUAUUAUCUAUGAUAACAAAUUGAGUAUUGUAAAUUUAAUUAUUUGUAUUUGUGGAUGUCCUAUGCCUUAGACAUUUUGCUUAAAUACUUGUUUUGUGAUAAAGAGAACAGAUAAGAUUCUUUCUCAGCUGCAUAUAGAUUAAUUUUUUAGUUUAUGACUGCCUGUCACACUUAUUGUUCUGUGGGCAUUUUAUCGGUUGUACUUAAUCGUAAGGUGUAUUCAAACUUCUUAAAUCUUACUUACAAUUUUAAUUCCAUUCCUUAUUGAGUGCAAUUUUGAUAACAUACUCAAUUUACAUUCUCUACCAAUUGAAAAAAAUACAUACUUCCUAACUUAUUUCUCUCCAAUUUCCUGAUGUUUUCAAAACUGAAUGUUCUGUGUUGUAAGGAUUCGGAAAUUAAAAUUGUGUUUCCAAUCAUAA